CACACAGAGCAGUGCUAUAACCUACCUACCUCCCUUUCCAGAAUGGGCUGUAAACUACACCAGUCCUAUUAAUUAAUUAAUGAUCCUGACUGAAGGGGCUGGCUAGUGGAACUGCCUACAGGAAGAUGGUGUGAUGUAUUUAGUGGUGUACGGUGCUCUGUGUUGGGAGGGAAGACAACAGGAUAGGAGAGGCAGAGGCAUUGCACCAGAUGAGAGGAGAGAGGACGCCCCCUGUCCCCGCCAGUAGCCCUCACUGACCAUCAAUCACCCAGGGCCAUUGUGGUCCUGUCCAGGGUAGCACAGCCACCGAGCCACCCAGCCAGUCAGGCAGCGGAGAGGAGAGGAGAGAGGGGGCAGGGAGCUGUAGCCUGCAGGGAGAAAGUAAGGGGGAAAGAAUGGCAGUCGGGGAACGGCCUUCUUCGUGUUCCUCUCCCCAGCCGGCAUUGCUGGGCUUGGGGGCAGCUCUGCUCUCUUUCUGCAUCUCCGCUGUGCUCUCCCAGGUCCCGGAUCCAGAGCUUUUACCGACAGAUCCCCCAAAGAAGCCAGACCCAGUCACUUCAGAAACAGUCGUAUUCUGGGGACUGCGGUUAUGGCAAGUCAUUGGUAUCUUCUCUAUGUUUAUUCUAGCAGUCAUCAUCACCCUAUGCUGCAUCUUCAAAUGCCGUAUCCCCAGGACGAAGAAGGAAAUUGAGGCGCGACAUGCUCAGAGAGUAGCAGCUAAGGACUACGCCAACACACUGGAGACUGUGCCUCCUCUCAACGAGCUCACAGAGAUCCCAGGAGCCCUCCCGGACACUGCGUCCCUCCCGACGGUCUCUGAGCAGGUCCAGGCUCGCAGCACCAGCAGCAGCCAGCUCCCAGUGGUGAGAGAGGAGGAGGAGCUCACUGGCCCCCUCACUCAGCCCGAGACGGGAUGACAUUCCUUCCUCCUCCUCUCUCCUUUCCCCCCUCACUCAGCCUGAGACUGGAUUUACCUCCCUCCUUUUCCUCUUCCUUAUCUCUUCUCACCUUCCCUCUCUCCACAUUCCUAUUUAUAUUCUGACAAAGAGGGCAAUCCACUAGAGGGAACAUUGGAACAUGGGAUUUAGUAAAUCACAGAAAAGCAUUGAAUAGCUGAAUAGAAUAGUUAACUUAAUAGAUCAGCGUGCAUCGCUACUUCCUAGAAAGAAUGGCAUAGACAUUGUGGAGAAUGUUGCCUACUGAUGAGUAAUAGUUGCAUGUGUUACGUACUUCAAAUGCUCUUUGUUGACAUACUCAUCCUUGUCGAUAGCACAUUGAUUGUACAUUGGACACAGAACUGCAAGUCCAUUAUUUGGUAUGCAAAUGUGGAUGAUGAAAAAGUAGAGAUGAAUCUUAAGGCUUCUGACGUUGAUGUUGCAUGUCUACGGCUGUCAUUCGUUGUUUUUUCAUUCCUCUCUUUCUCCUUCUCUGACUCAAUCUGUAAUCUUGGCUUUGUAUAAAUAUAUCUAUGAUCUUUUAUGUAUGCUUAUACAGUAACAUCCAUGACAACCAACCCUGGUCCUGGAGAGCUACAAGGUACACAGGCUUUUUCUCUCAACCUUGCACCAACAAUGUCUUAAUUAUUUGUUGAAUCGCAUGUUUUAGUAUGGGGGAAAAAAUGCCGGCACAGCAUGUCAAGUUCAUCCAUGUCUAAGGUUGGUUUUCACUGACAUACUGUACUUGUCAUUUAUCUCUGUUUUUCUGUCUGAUCCAGGUGGGUGUGUUUCUGUACAUGCCAUCUGUCCUCUUGAAGUAUCACACAGGCUUACAUGGACAUACAUAGGUCUGGAAUAUCAAAUCAAAAUCAAAUCCAAUUUGAUUUGUCACGUGUCGAAUACAACAGGUGUAAACCUCACAGUGAAAUGCUUACUUACAAGCCAUUAAUCAACAAUGCAGUUUUAAGAAAAACAAGUGUUAAGUAAAAAAUAGAUAAGUAAAACAUUUAAAUAAAUAGUUAAAGAGCAGCAGUAAAAAUAACAGUAGCGAGGCUAUAUACAGGGGGUACCGGUACAGCGUCAAUGUGCAAGGGUACAGGUUAGUUGAGGUAAUUGAGGUAAUAUGUACAUGUAGGUAGAGCUAUUAAAGUGACUAUGCAUAGAUAAUAAUCAGAGAGUAGCAGCAGCGUAAAAGAGGGGAGUGGGGGGGCAAUGCAAAUAGUCUGGGUAGCAAUUUGAUUAGCUGUUCAUGAGUCUUACGGGGUAGAAGCCUUUUGGACCUAGACUUGGCGCUCAGCUACCGCUUGCCGUGCGAUAGCAGAGAGAACAGUCUAUGACUAGGGUGGCUGGAGUCUUUGACAGUUUUUAGGGCCUUCCUCUGACACCGCCUGGUAUAGAGGUACUGGAUGGCAGGAAACUUGGCCCCAGUGAUGUACUGGGCCAUACGCACCACCCUCUGCAGUGCCUUGCGGUCGGAGACCGAGAAGUUGCCUUGCCAAGCAGUGAUGCAACCUGCCAGGAUGCUCUCGAUGGUGCAGCUGUAGAACAUUUUGAGGAUCUGAGGACCCAUGCCAAAUCUUUUCAGUCUCCUGUGGGGGAAUAGACUUUGUCGUGUCCUUUUCACGACUGUCUUGGUGUGUUUAGACCAUAAUAGUUUGUUGGUGAUGUGGACACCAAGGAACUUUAAGCUCUCAACCUGCUCCACUGCAGCCCUGUCAAUGAGAAUGGGGGCAUGCUCGAUCCUCCUUUUCCUGUAGUCCACAAUGUUCUCCUUAGUCUUGAUCACGUUGAGGGAGAGGUUGUUAUUCUGGCACCACAUGGCCAGGUCUCUGACCUCCUCCCUAUAGGCUGUCUCAUCAUUGUCGGUGACCACUGUUGUGUCGCCGGCAAACUUAAUGAUGUGUUGGAGUCGUGCCUGGCCAUGCAGUCAUGGGUGAACAGGGAGUACAGGAGGGGUCUGUAUUAUUAUUUUACAAUCAUUAUGGAUAAAAUGUAUUUUGGGACUGACUGUGUAUUGGGAUUACUACCAUAAUGAGCGUGUCAGUCAGAGAGAAGCUUAAUCCAUUAGAGAAAUCAUAAUCUAUGUGAAAGAGUACAUAAUGUCACAUCCAGCUGUGUAUUAUAACGCAGCAUCAGGGGAUACUGGGGUUAAUAUGCAUUUAUUUCCGCAGCAAAACCUCUGCCGUGAACUUAUAAGUAUCAACCAUGUGCUGAGAGAGAGAGUGAAAGGGAGAGAGCGAAAGGGAGAGAGCGAAAGGGAGAGAGAGAGUGGAGAGGGCGAGAAAGAGGGUGUCUGGCAUUUAUAAAGGAAAAGAUAUGCUUUAUAAUCGUGGAGACUCAUGAACCCCACACAGCUGUUUACCCCUGGAUUCAUCCACAAGAGAUAGUAAAUUUUCCAGCAAAUAGUAAGUGUACCAGGGCCCCCUUCCACUAAUUUAGUAAUGAGUGAAGUAUGCAAUUUAAAAUAUGCAACUCUGUAACGCCUGACGUGAUAGCUACGUGCUGCUGUGUGCAAGUAUUUGUGGAGAGAGUGUAUGCAAAUAUCCUGGCCAUAUAAUCCAACAUAUUAUUGAGAAUAUAUUCAGUUAGAAACAGAAACAGUUAUUACUAUAUACUUGUGGUUAUUGCGUCUCCUGAUCAGUAAGAUUCCAUUCUGGGCAUUGACAACAAUGUUUAACUGAAUAAUUCAUCUACAACAAAAGUGUCUCUGAGAACACUGACAUAACUUCACUCUCAGAAGUUUUACUCACCACUUUACCUACAUGACCUAAAAACAAUAUUGUUUCAGACAGCCUGGAUAAAAGUGAUAAUGUCUGUGAGAACAUUUGACAUUCAUAGGAGAUGGUAGAGCAAAUACCGGACAGGAGGCAACGCUGAGGGGAGGACUAGGGACGAAGUGCAACUUCCAACCCCCAAUUCUUUGUCAUAUGGAUAAAGCUAUUCAAAUGAACAGUAGACAUUGUUCCAGCACACUUUGAUCUGCCAUGCUCUGAGUUGUGUCAGUUCUCUAGUGGUUCAAGAGCCUCCUGAGGCAUGCUGUCAGACAGGGUCCACUUAGAACUGACUGAUGCAACCUUCUCACUUCCUCACACCUUUGUCUAUACAGUAAGAGAGAUGCAGGAAGGACGGACGGACAGGCACGCAUACAUAUGCACAAGCACAAGCACACGCAGGCACACAUGUAUAGUCACAGAUCCACACACACAUAUUUCUUACACAUCUCAGUCCCACACAGAGGCAUAGGGUCAUCAGAGAGAUUACAUGUUACCCCAGGAAACCCAAUGCAGGUGUAAAAAGUCUAUACUUCACUCCAGGAUACCCAUUACGGGCAGCGGUAUCUAUAGAGACAAGGUUGCCAUAUUCAUGUCAGGGGUUAUUGCAUUUCUAUUUUAGUUGUUGUGUGUUCCACUUGGAUUUAGUAGCGUCUAUGAACAACAUGAUUAUGAAGCCACGAAUGUGUGGAAGCGUGUAUACUUACUGUAUUUCAAAUGUAUGUAGUUCCGUCCUUGUGGUGUACUUGUCUAUUAAUGUUCUGUACUAUGUCAUGUUUUUGUUUUCUGUGGACCCCAGGAAGAGUAGCUGCUGCUUUAGCAGUAGCUAAUGGGGGAGCCUAAUAAAAUACGAAUUCUGAGGGUUAUUCUGGUUGUCAAACGAUAUCCUCAUGCGUAGAGGGGUCAGGAGUGUGAGCGUGCAUGUUGCACCUCAGCCUCCGCCGGACUGAACAUCACCACCAGAGAGUGUGUUUUGUGUGAGUGUGUGUCUUCUCGGAUUGAGAAAAUAACACCAUCAGCGAGAGGAGUCUUGGGACGUCACAGCGGGAUGGAGGACGAGAAAGUGGUCAAAAUUGACAUCGAGUGGCUUGACUCUAUAUACAUGGUAAUUACAUCGGCUGGUACAGUGGAACUGAACAUGUGGGUACAGGGUACACACAGUGGAUUGUAUUUGACUGUUUGCGCAAUUUGAUGGAUUUUGUAGUUCAUUCAUCUGAAAUCUAAAGCAAUAAUUCUGGAGUGAGAGGAGGGGGUAAUUCGUUUGAGUGUGUUCAUGAAUCUAAAAUGAUGUGUGUUACACAUUCCACAGAUGGCUAUUACAGAUAAUAUUUUCUAGUCAGAAUUUAACAAUGUACUUACUCUACCCUGUACCCAUGUAAGGUACAGUAUCAACACAAAAUUAAAUGAGACACUUAAUGUGAAGCGUUACCCAAAAGGGUUAUGUCUACACUCUCUGAGGCAAUGUUUCCCAUCUCCUGUUCUUGUGUGUGUCUUAUACCCUCAACAGCACACAUUUUUGUUGUAGCCCCAGACAACUUGUCAACUAAUCAUCAAGCUCUCAACGAGUUGAAUCAGGUGAGCUUGUCCGGGACUACAACCAAAAUGUAUGCUGUUGGGGGUACUGGUGGACUGGAGUUGGGAACCACUGCUCUAGUGGUGAUGUAAAAGACAGUCACCCCUGCUUCCCUAGAAGCGGUUCCCUUGCCUGCCUGGCCUAUUUAGUGUCUACAGAUGUCUGCCCCUGCUACUGUACUAAGAAGGUGUGGUAAAAAGCAGCAGUAUCAUCUCCCUCUCAGCAGUGGUUCUCCCUAGAGCAGGAACUAGCACACUGGGGGUUCACCAUGGGUGUCAUGGAGGGGAGGAAGGGAGGCAUGGGCAGAAAUCCUCACAGCUCUAGAUUGUGACAAGUGGGAGCUGUUGAAUUUCUCAUUGUAGAAGUCCUCUCACAGUCUCGGUCUUAAUGCUGUUUCAAAUGCUUGGUUGUAACUGAUUGCAUGUAAACCUCUAUCUCCAAAUUAUGUUUGCCUUAGAAAAAAAUGAUAUCCACAUACAUGUGUAUGGAUAUGCUGGAUUACGGGAAGGGAUAUACCCAUCUACCUUUUCAAUUAUUUCUCUAUAUUUUAGAUCUAUUUGCUUUGCAGUAAAGUCUCAUUCCUUGA